AUGGGUGGGCUGGACUUUAUACAGAACGGCUCAUUAACUAUUGAUGUUGGAGAUGGGACGCCCGUCCUCGCCGCCGCGAACCACGAGCGCGCACUUCCGACUCUCCCGCAGGUGAACAAAUGUGACGACGAAAUGACUCUUUUUGUACAUUUAUAUUGGAUAUGCAUAGCUUUGUUGGCCGUGUGCUGCACCGGCUGGGCGGGCCGUCCAGGUCGGAAGUCAACAAGAGAAUUGCCGACAGGUCAAAAUGUAGUGUCUGUAGCACCAAUAGAAGUUCCUGACGAAUCUAUGUACCCGAGAUUCGCGGAGCCUAUACCCAACGUUACGGUCACGAUAGGCCGGGAUGCACUGUUAGCGUGCGUAGUCGAAAAUUUAAGAGGAUUCAAGGUUGCAUGGGUGAGAAUGGACACGCAAACCAUUUUAAGCAUCCACCAUAACAUCAUAACACAGAACCCUCGGAUCAGCCUAUCGUACAACGACCAUCGGUCGUGGUAUCUCCACAUCAAGGAAGUACAAGAAGUUGAUAGAGGAUGGUACAUGUGUCAGGUCAAUACUGACCCCAUGCGCUCAAGAAAAGGCUAUCUUCAAGUCGUAGUGCCACCAUCAAUCAUCGAUAACAUGACGUCGACCGACAUGGUGGUGCGGGAGGGCUCCGAUGUGACCUUGGUGUGUCGCGCGUCGGGGUACCCCGAACCUUAUGUCAUGUGGAGGCGGGAGGACGGACAAGACUUCAAUUACAAUGGGGAAUCAGUAAGCGUAGUAGACGGUGAAACCUUAACCAUUACAAAGGUGUCACGGCUGCACAUGGGCGCCUACCUCUGCAUCGCAUCAAACGGCGUGCCUCCAUCCAUCAGCAAACGAAUCAUGCUGAUGGUACAAUUUCCGCCGAUGCUGUCGAUACCAAACCAGUUGGAGGGCGCAUACAUUGGACAGGACGUGACGUUGGAAUGUCACACAGAAGCCUUUCCGUCCUCCAUUAAUUACUGGACCACAGACAAAGGGGACAUGAUCAUUUCCGAAAUGGAAAUUGUAGGUGGGAAAUAUGAGGCGUUUCCGACGGACAGUGGCUACAACAAAUACAUGAUGUUGAAGAUAAGAAAUAUAACAAAAGACGACUUCGGAUUCUACAAGUGCAUCGCCAAGAAUUCGCUCGGUGAAACUGAUGGCAUCAUUAAACUUGAUGAAAUACCAGCUCCACCAUCAGCUUAUACAACUACACAAAAAAGUAUUUUAGACAAUCAAACCAUUAGAAAAAAAGAUAAAUUUUCAUCAGCACAUAAGAACGACGUAAUCAGCUCAAAUUUCCAAGGGGGAGCAUACGUGGAGCAAAUGAAAGACUUCGAUAUAGACGUUUACGACAACUCUGCAUAUUCAAGAAAAUUAUGUUGCAUAUUAUUUUGGAUGCUAAUUUGUCACUUAUUAACGCAAGGAAGAUGUAAUUUACUUUCUUGA